GAGGACUCUGGAAGGAGACUUUUUUAAAUGACCUUUACUUUUAUGAUAUCAACAAAAACCGGUGGUUUCCUGCCCAACUAAAGCUAGGGCAACAAGUCAGAAAAGAAGAAGAGGCGCAGUGGGAAGAAGGAAGAACAGACGAAUGAAACUGAAGGGGAGAAAGAGGAGGCACAAGGUCCCACUGAGAUUAUUAAAGAAAUCGUGGCCGGGGAUGGAACAGUUAUGACCAUCAAGGAAGUGAUUCCACAGGCAGAGGAGGACAGUGAGGAGGAGGUUGACGAAGAGGAGGCGGCUACAAUGGCUCCCUUGGUGGAACCCUGUCCUUGCUCCAGCGCCAUGGCAACGGUGAAGCAUGAGAUGCAGGACUGGCUGGAAGAAUCCGGAUCAGAAGAUGAAGAAGAAGAAGAAGAAGAAGCAAAGGGAGGUGAUGAUGAGGAAGAGGGGGAAUCCAAAGAGGAGAGUGAAGAAGUUUCGUCUCUGAUCUUGGGGCAGAAAGGCUGCUGGAUGCCAAGACCAGCACUUGGACCACAAAUUCAUCAUUGGCAUGCCCGAUCAGACCUGUUCCACUGUGUAUCAUGGUGUUUUGGCCAAUAAGGCCCAUCAUGACAUUCUGGAGUCUGCUGGUAGUUGACAUACCACACAGAAGAAAAAUGGAGGUGUACAGGAAAUGAGAGGAGCGCUUGACGUGUUAUUCCAAAGAGUGAUAAAAACAAGAACAUGGAGAAACAUAAGCAAUGCUUAGGAGAGGUGCGCGAGGGAGGCAGGUGGGGUUAGACGGGGGCCGUUUCCCAUCACUUUGAACCUGUUGACGUCAUAGCUGUGUAAUGCUGCCGUUACCCAAAAAGAUGUUGAUGGUGGUCGCCCUUCACCCUUAGGCCACCUUGCACACCCUCCCUCACCAAAGCCACAGUUCAAAUUACUCCAACACCCAAAUACAAACCAAAC